AUGUUUGCGGUACACUUGAUGGCGUUUUACUUCACCAAGCUGAAGGAGGAUCAGAUCAAGAAGGUGGACAGGUUCCUGUACCAUAUGCGCCUCUCCGAUGAGACCCUUUUGGACAUCAUGGCUCGGUUCCAGGCAGAAAUGCAGAAGGGCCUAGGGAAGGACACCAACCCCACAGCAUCGGUGAAGAUGCUGCCCACCUUCGUCAGGGCCAUUCCAGACGGCUCGGAAAAUGGGGAAUUUCUCUCUCUGGAUCUUGGAGGAUCCAAGUUUCGAGUCUUGAAGGUGCAAGUCUCUGAAGAGGGGAAACGAAAUGUCCAGAUGGAGAGUCAGUUUUACCCAACACCCAAUGAAAUCAUCCGAGGGAAUGGCACAGAGCUGUUUGAAUACGUAGCUGACUGUCUGGCAGAUUUCAUGAAGACCAAAGAGUUGAUGCAGAAGAAAUUACCUCUUGGCUUAACCUUUUCCUUUCCCUGCAAACAGACUAAAUUAGAUGAGGGUAUCCUGCUUUCAUGGACGAAGAAGUUUAAGGCGAGGGGAGUUCAGGGUACAGAUGUAGUGCGCUCCCUGACCAAUGCUAUGAAAAGACACCAGGACUUAGAUGUGGACAUCCUGGCUUUGGUCAACGAUACCGUGGGGACCAUGAUGACGUGUGCCUAUGACGAUCCCUACUGCGAAGUUGGUGUCAUCAUUGGUACCGGCACCAACGCGUGCUACAUGGAGGACAUGAGCAACAUCGACCUGGUGGAGGGCGACGAGGGGAGGAUGUGCAUCAGCACCGAGUGGGGGGCCUUCGGGGACGACGGGGCCCUGGAGGACAUCCGCACUGAGUUCGACCGGGAGCUGGACCUCGGCUCCCUCAACCCCGGGAAGCAGCUGUUUGAAAAAAUGAUCAGCGGCCUAUACUUGGGUGAACUCGUCAGGCUCAUCUUGCUGAAGAUGGCCAAGGCAGGCCUCCUGUUUGGCGGCGAGAAAUCCUCUGCUCUUCACAUUAAAGGCAAGAUUGAAACACGGCAUGUGGCUGCCAUGGAGAGGUACAAAGAAGGCCUAGCCAAUACGAGAGAGAUCUUGACAGAUCUGGGCCUGGAACCUUCGGAUGCAGAUUGCAUUGCAGUCCAGCACGUCUGCACCAUCGUCUCCUUCCGCUCAGCAAAUCUCUGCGCAGCCGCCCUGGCAGCCAUCCUGACACGGCUCCGGGAGAACAAGAAGCUGGUACGGCUCAGGACCACGGUGGGCAUGGACGGCACACUCUACAAGAUCCACCCCCAGUACCCGAAACGCCUGCACAAGGUGGUGAGGAAACUGGUCCCGAACUGUGACGUCCGCUUCCUCCUUUCGGAGAGUGGCAGCACCAAGGGCGCCGCCAUGGUGACCGCAGUGGCCUCCCGCGUGCAGGCCCAGCGGAAGCAGAUUGACAAGGUGCUGGCUCUGUUCCAGCUGACCCAGGAGCAACUAGUGGGCAUUCAGAACAAGAUGCGGGUUGAGUUCGAGUAUGGGCUGAAGAAGGAUACCCACCCGCUGGCCACAGUCAAGAUGCUGCCCACCUACGUCUGUGGGAUGCCGGAUGGCACAGAGAAAGGAAAGUUCCUCGCCCUGGAUCUGGGUGGAACCAACUUCCGGGUCCUCCUGGUAAAGAUCAGAAGUGGACGACGGUCAGUGCGGAUGUACAACAAGAUCUUCGCCAUCCCCCUGGAGAUCAUGCAGGGCACAGGCGAGGAGCUGUUUGACCACAUCGUGCAGUGCAUCGCCGACUUCCUGGACUACAUGGGCCUCAAGGGAGCCCAGCUGCCUUUGGGCUUCACAUUCUCAUUUCCCUGCAGGCAGACGAGCAUUGACAAGGGAACACUCAUUGAGUGGACCAAAGGCUUCAAAGCUACUGACUGUGAAGGGGAAGAUGUGGUGGAUAUGCUCAGGGAGGCCAUCAAGAGGAGAAAUGAAUUUGACCUGGACAUUGUUGCAGUUGUGAAUGACACAGUGGGGACCAUGAUGACCUGUGGCUAUGAAGAUCGUAAUUGUGAGGUUGGCCUGAUUGCAGGAACAGGCAGCAACAUGUGCUACAUGGAGGAAAUGAGAAACAUUGAACUGGUGGAAGGGGAUGAAGGGAAGAUGUGCAUUAAUACCGAGUGGGGAGGAUUUGGAGAUAAUGGCUGCCUAGAUGAUAUCCAGACCCAAUAUGACAAGGAGGUGGAUGAGGGGUCCUUGAAUCCUGGUAAACAGAGAUACGAGAAAAUGACCAGUGGGAUGUACCUGGGGGAGAUUGUGCGGCAGAUCCUGAUCGACUUGACCAAGCAGGGUCUCCUCUUCCGCGGCCAGAUUUCAGAACGUCUCCGGACCAGGGGCAUCUUUGAAACCAAGUUCUUGUCUCAGAUUGAAAGCGACCGGCUGGCCCUCCUCCAGGUCAGGAGGAUCCUGCAGCAGCUCGGCCUGGACAGCACGUGUGAGGACAGCAUCGUGGUGAAGGAGGUGUGCGGUGCUGUGUCCCGGCGGGCGGCCCAGCUUUAUGGUGCUGGCCUGGCUGCCAUCGUGGAGAAGAGGAGGGAAGACCAGGGACUUGAGCACGUGAGGAUCACCGUGGGUGUGGACGGCACCCUGUACAAGCUGCACCCACACUUUUCUCGGAUACUGCAGGAAACUGUGAAAGAACUGGCUCCUCAAUGUGAUGUGAUGUUCAUGCUGUCAGAAGAUGGGAGUGGAAAGGGAGCAGCUCUGAUCACUGCUGUGGCCAAGAGACGCCGGCCGCCCGCCUGUCGCCCCGAGCCCCCGACCGCCAGCAUGAUCGCCGCGCAGCUCCUAGCUUAUUACUUCACCGAACUGAAGGAUGACCAAGUCAAAAAGAUUGACAAGUAUCUCUAUGCCAUGCGGCUCUCUGAUGAAACUCUGUUAGAUAUCAUGAAUCGUUUCAAAAAGGAGAUGAAGAAUGGCCUCUCCCGGGAUUUUAAUCCGACAGCCACAGUCAAGAUGUUGCCAACGUUUGUAAGGUCCAUUCCCGAUGGCUCAGAAAAGGGAGAUUUCAUUGCCCUGGAUCUUGGCGGAUCUUCCUUUCGAAUUCUACGGGUGCAGGUGAAUCACGAGCAGAACCAGGCUGUUCAUAUGGAGUCUGAGGCUUAUGACACCCCAGAGAACAUCAUGCAUGGCAGUGGAAGCCAGCUUUUUGAUCAUGUCGCUGAGUGCCUGGGAGACUUCAUGGAGAAAAAAAAAAUCAAGGACAAGAAAUUACCUGUGGGAUUCACGUUUUCUUUCCCUUGUCGGCAAUCCAGAAUAGACGAGGCCAUCCUGAUCACCUGGACAAAGAGAUUUAAAGCGAGCGGCGUGGAGGGAGCCGAUGUGGUGAAGCUGCUUGAAAAAGCCAUCAAAAAGCGUGGGGAUUAUGACGCCAACAUUGUGGCCGUGGUGAACGACACGGUGGGCACCAUGAUGACCUGUGGCUAUGAUGACCAGCAGUGUGAAGUCGGCCUCAUCAUUGGUACCGGCACCAAUGCGUGCUACAUGGAGGAGCUCAGGCAUAUCGACCUGGUGGAGGGCGACGAGGGGAGGAUGUGCAUCAACACCGAGUGGGGGGCCUUCGGGGACGACGGGGCCCUGGAGGACAUCCGCACUGAGUUCGACCGGGAGAUAGACCGGGGGUCGCUCAACCCCGGGAAGCAGCUGUUUGAGAAGAUGGUCAGUGGCAUGUACAUGGGCGAGCUGGUCCGACUGAUCCUGGUCAAGAUGGCCAAGGAGGGCCUCUUAUUUGAAGGGCGGAUCACCCCAGAGCUGCUCACCAGAGGGAAGUUUAACACCAGUGAUGUGUCGGCCAUCGAAAAGAAUAAGGAAGGCCUCCACAAUGCCAAAGAAAUCCUGACCCGCCUGGGAGUGGAGCCAUCCGAUGAUGACUGUGUUUCGGUUCAGCACGUGUGCACCAUUGUCUCAUUUCGCUCUGCCAACCUGGUGGCCGCGACCCUGGGCGCCAUCUUGAGCCGCCUCCGAGAUAACAAGGGCACGCCCAGGCUGCGGACCACGGUUGGUGUCGACGGGUCCCUUUACAAGACGCACCCACAGUAUUCUCGGCGUUUCCACAAGACUCUGCGGCGCCUGGUACCCGACUGCGAUGUGCGUUUCCUCCUCUCCGAGAGCGGCAGUGGCAAGGGGGCCGCCAUGGUGACUGCCGUGGCCUACCGCCUGGCUGAGCAGCACCGACAGAUAGAGGAGACCCUGGCUCACUUCAGUCUCACCAAGGAGAUGCUGCUGGAGGUGAAAAAGAGGAUGCGGGCCGAGAUGGAACUGGGGCUGGGCAAGCAGACGCAUGACAAGGCUGUGGUCAAGAUGUUGCCCUCCUUCGUCCGGAGCACUCCUGAUGGGACUGAGAAUGGUGACUUCUUGGCCCUGGAUCUUGGAGGAACGAAUUUCCGUGUCCUGCUGGUGAAAAUCCGUAGUGGGAAGAAGAGAUCGGUGGAAAUGCACAAUAAGAUCUAUGCCAUUCCCAUUGAAAUCAUGCAGGGCACUGGGGAGGAGCUGUUUGACCACAUCGUUUCCUGCAUCUCUGACUUCCUGGACUACAUGGGCAUCAAGGGCCCUAAAAUGCCUCUGGGCUUCACAUUUUCGUUUCCCUGCAAGCAGACGAGCUUAGAUGCGGGUAUCUUAAUCACCUGGACCAAAGGUUUUAAGGCAACUGACUGCGUGGGGCACGAUGUAGCAACCUUACUGCGGGAGGCGAUAAAAAGGAGAGAGGAAUUUGACCUGGACGUGGUGGCUGUGGUCAAUGACACGGUGGGCACCAUGAUGACCUGUGCUUACGAGGAGCCCACCUGCGAGGUUGGACUCAUCGUAGGGACUGGAAGCAAUGCCUGCUACAUGGAGGAAAUGAAAAACGUCGAGACGCUAGAAGGAAGCCAGGGACAAAUGUGUAUCAACAUGGAGUGGGGUGCCUUUGGGGACAACGGGUGUCUGGAUGAUAUCAGAACAAUCUAUGACAAACUGGUGGAUGAGUUUUCUCUAAACUCUGGGAAGCAAAGGUAUGAGAAGAUGAUCAGCGGUAUGUACCUGGGUGAGAUUGUCCGCAACAUCCUGAUCGACUUCGCCAAGAGGGGCUUCCUCUUCCGGGGGCAGAUCUCUGAGCCGCUGAAGACCCGGGGCCUGUUUCAGACCAAGUAUCUCUCUCAGAUUGAAAGCGACCGAUUAGCGCUGCUGCAGGUCCGGGCCAUCCUCCAGCAGCUGGGCCUGAAUAGCACGUGCGACGACAGUAUCCUCGUGAAGACCGUGUGCGGGGUGGUGUCCAAGAGGGCGGCGCAGCUGUGCGGCGCGGGCAUGGCCGCCGUGGUGGAUAAGAUCCGCGAAAACAGGGGGCUGGACCGCCUCAACGUGACUGUGGGCGUGGACGGGACGCUCUACAAGCUUCAUCCGCACUUCUCCAGAAUCAUGCACCAAACCGUGAAGGAACUGUCACCGAAGUGUAAUGUGUCCUUCCUCUUAUCUGAAGACGGCAGCGGCAAGGGAGCCGCCCUCAUCACAGCGGUGGGCGUUCGGCUCCGGCAAGAAAUGAGCAGCUAA